AUGCCGCUUCAUCUUCUUGGCAAGAAGUCAUGGAACGUUUACAACCCCGAGAACGUCGCCCGCGUCAAGCGUGAUGAGGCCCAAGCGAAGGCCCUCGAGGAGGAAGAUGAGCGUCGCAUGCAGGAGGUCGAUGCCGAUCGGAGAAUCCUAAUAUUGCGCGGAGAAAGAGUACCUACGCCCCCUCCACCACCGCCCGCGCGUUCUGCAUCAGAGGCUCUCAGUCGACCAGAACGAACAUUAGCAGACGAUGCUGGAAGAACCCGCAAAAGAAGGCGUAUUGCAGGGGAGGAUGAUACGGAAAGAGAUAUACGCUAUGCACGAGAAGAUGCGGAGCAAGCCAGUGCUAAACGGGAGGAAUUAACAGUCGCGGCCCUUCGGAAGAACAAGACGUCUGACGCCCCGAUCUUGGACCGCGACGGCCAUAUCAACCUCUUCCCCGCAGAAGGAGGCAAGAAGAAGGUGGAGAAAAAUAAAGAAGCCGAGGCUGAAGCCCAGAAAGAAAAGCGAAGCUACGAAGAUCAAUAUACAAUGCGCUUUUCCAAUGCGGCGGGCUUCAAACAGUCAAUCGGUCAGAAACCAUGGUAUUCAUCUUCAGCACAGGCAGUGGAAGCCCCGGACACAAGAUCAAAAAAUGUAUGGGGUAAUGAGGAUCCUAUGCGUAAAGAACGAGAGAAGUUCAGGAUGGAUGCCAAUGAUCCUCUCGCAGCUAUGAAGCGCGGUGUCCGGCAGUUGAGAGCGACGGAGCAAGAGCGAAAACGGUGGAAUGAUGAGAAGAGAAAGGAGCUUGAAUCGCUCAAAUCUGAGCAGGGAGGUCGGGAUCGUUCGAAAUAUCACCGAAAAAGACGAUCAAGGUCCGCUGAUAGCCUUGAGGGGUUCAAGCUCGAUGUACCAGCCGUCAAAGACCGAGACGAUAAAGAUUAUAGAAGUUCACGGCGGCAUCAUCAUCGCCACCACCACCGAGACCAGAGCCGCGAUAGGCACCGAGAAAGUUCAUCUCGACGCUCACAUCACUCAUCAGAUCGUACCCAGCGUCCCCGAAGGUUGGAGAAUGAAGCUGUUUAUGAGAAGCGUUAG